UGGAUCAACAACACCUACUUCUUCGGCGCCCCCGUUACGCGCCGGGUUCAGCCAUUCCUGGAGAGGGCUAACGCCGCCAUCGCUGCUGCGGGUAACCCUGUCCCGGUUGCGUGGACGAGCCGCCUGGCGCAGGAGUGGGACGCAACCAUCGAGUCGGCACUUCCGCAAGAGGGAGUGAUGGAGAACGCCUCCGUUCAGCCUCUGAUCGUCAGGCCCGUGCUUGGCGAGGCCCACGUUUUCCCGAUGGCCCUCACUCACCAGGGUCGCCACUACGCGGUGUACGCUGACACCCUGGAUGUCCUCCGCCACGUCCCCGGUUACGUCCAGGAGUUCGGCGACGUCGACAUUUCGGAGGUGCCGCAGCGGUCCCUGUCCCGCUU